UUUCGGGCGCCGCUUUUAGAACCGGCCAGAGCGCAAUGGGCGGCAAGCUCUCCAAGAAGAAGCCGUCGCCGCAUACGAUCCGGGUGAGUCCAAAGAAGCAGGCGCCGCCCGUGGCCCCGCCUGGGAUCGUGGACCCGCCGCCGCCCAAGCACGGCAACGGGUGCAACAUGCCAUUUGGCGCCGACCAAGGACCGAUUGCGAUCGGACGCGUGCAAGCCGAACCCAAUGCGAAGAAAGCAGAGGUCGUCUUCGGCACCGCGGACGCAAGAGGCUCCCACGACGAGUGCAACAUCUUUUUUGCUUGGAACGGAGGUGCGGCCGCGGCCUUGACCUUGCGUGGCGUCAAAUACAAGCCGGUGCAGUUCCAUUUUCAUACACCAAGCGAACACACGAUCGAGGGCACGCAGUUUCCACUCGAGCUGCAUGUGGUGCAUGUGGCGCCCAACGACCGCUGGGCCGUCGUCAGCUACGUCUACCAGUACGGCGAGACGGAAGACGCCUUCUUAAAACAGGUCUGGCCGAGUCUGCCGCAGCUCUCGACCAUUCAACCGGCGGUGGCGGUCGGGUCUAUUGACGGGCGCGUCCUCAUGGAGCCGAAAGAAGGCUACUACCGGUACACGGGGGCUUCGGGCGACGGCGUCGAGUGGGUCGUCGCCCAGCGACCGCGAAUAGCGACGCCGGGACAAGUCGCGUCGCUUUUCGGCGCGCUGCGUGCGUCGAAUGCUCGGCCGACGCAGCCGGUCACAGGUCGAGCGGUCACCUUGCUCUGCUAGCUACCUGCCUGUGACACCCCUUCUCAUUAUCUAUGGAGCACGACAAGUAAAC